AUGACAUUUGUUCUCUAUCAUCGUUAUGCAUCGCAUUACGAUUGCUCUCAUCAUUUCAACGAUGAUUCUCAUCGUCCAUAUAAUAUUGGGCAUUCAUCUACAAUCACUUUUACAACAGAAUCAUCAUCUAAACUAUUCACAAUAGAAACGUCUACACCUAUAAAUCAAAUAUUAUAUGUUCCUUCAUUUCAAACUAUGCGUUUACCUAUAGACUUUGAUAUUGUUGCACCUACUGGUUCAUUAGUUCGUAAUUUAUUAACCACAGUUGGUGGUAGUAUGGCAUAA